GUAACAAAUGACAUCAUAGCUCUACAAAUAUGGCGGAUCGCAUCGAGCAUUCAAGGCGACAUUCCGACGUUAGAAUGAAAUCACGGUAAUGAUUGUGAAAUUAAUCAUGCCAUGGCCAUACAUAACUGAUUUUGGCGUACCUCAUUUUUUUAUUUCCUUGAAUUUUCGACUAUUGUUAUUUUCUGAAAUUUUAUUUUUCGAACUGAGAAAAUAUGCCUUAAUUUUAGUUAAAAUUCUAUUAAUUUAUAUUUCAUGUAACCUAAUGUCGAUAAUUGGCCUUUCUUUGUAUUAGUUGUCAUUGUAUGUUUUUGUUGGAACUCAUAUUAUAUUGAUAUUUAGCCUUUAAACCUCGACCAUAUUCAUUACAUCAGCAUAUUAUUUAAGUCAUAUCAGUUGACUCAUUUCUAAGCCUAAACUAAACACGUUUCUUAAACUUAUUUUUGUAUUUUUUUUGUCCAAAUGAAUGAGCCAAAUGAAAUCUUAGUAGUAAUAGUAUUCUUAGGCUAAGUUCAAGUAACUUUAGGCAUUAGGCUUACUUAAGUCCCUAAGCUAAGGUGACCAAAAGUCCCAUAAAAACAGGAUUGUCCCAUUUUUUUCACAAUCGUACCCGGUGUCCCUAAAAAGUCUCUCGGGACGUCUAAAUGUCCUGUUUCUUUCUAAAACCAAACACAUUUUCAUUUUCACAUAUUAGAUAAGCCGAAGGAGAUUUUAACAAUGGCUGGGACAACAGCCAAAUAUCCUCAAUUAAAAUCCUAGACUAGAGAAAUUUAAUUUGUUGUGAUGUAUUAUGUUAAUGUUGUAAAAUAUGUUACAUAAUGUUUAAAUAAAUAAAUAAACACUACAAAAUUAUUGCUUUCGUUUAUGAUAUGCCUCAAAGUUUAAAUUAAAUUACAAAUGUGAAGAUAAAUUAAAAAAUAUUUUUAGUUCUCAAAAUAGUUCAAAUGAGCAUAUUUCAAUAAACAGUUUUCGGCAGAGGCUCCCGGACCCCUCUGUAUCCCCCCCAACCCUCCUUGGGUGUGUCCCGUUUUUUCCAGAUUUAUUUAUUUGGUCACCCUACUCUAAUGUCAUGUUGGUUCGGCUCAAUACUUGGAGUUUCAGUGUGUAGGAUUCUCUAAUUUUUGUUUAUUCUUGGAUUCUUAGUCAAGCUAUCUUUUUUUUAAAAAUAAUUUUAAAUUAUAGUUUCAUAGGGUACCCAAUUAUAAAAUUUAAUUUUCUGACAUUUUGGGAAAUGAGAAUUGCAUUGACUAUUGUCAAACUAUUUAUUUUUCUGACAACUUUUGGAUUAUAAUUACCACAGUGUGUAACUGUAGCAUGCGUGAACUUGUUUUAGUUGAGGGAAGGGUGCGACCGCAGGUCAUUGAGACUUCUUGCUGCAUUUCUAGAGGCAUACAAUAAAGUAGCUUCUUUUGCCACAAAAUCAAUCAGAGCAUUGGAGCCGGAGCUAGUGUUUUCACUUGUAGCGUAGCCAGAGUUGGAGCCUAAAUAUUUGCUGACAUAUUUGGCUCCAACUCCAUAGUAAAUCUUCUAUUCCAACUACGAAUGUUAUUAUGUGCUCUUUAAAUUAAUUUCUCUUUUGAUAAUUUAAAUGCGGGACAAAAAAAUCACCACCAAAAAUUGGACUUAAACAGAAUUACAUUGUGAAAAUGAAAGUAGGACAAUCUCUUUAGUGAGCGAUUUGCGUUCUUCACUUAUACCAGGUAUUUUGGAAAAUAUUUUAUUUCUGAGGAUGAAUCAGGAUUGUGCUGAUUAAUAAAGUUAUACCAGCAUUAUUAUACUAAUUAAGUUAUUUUCCUUUAAAUAUAAUAAAAAAUGUUUUACUAUGUUAUAUGUACAUUUAUUUUGAUUUGUUUUAUUAUUCGGAGCUGGAGCCGGAAAUUUUAAUGGAGCCGAAACUUGGAGUCGGAGCCAAUUUGUAAACAUCUGCUCCAAUGCCCUGAAAUUAAUAGCCAUCCAUCCCUGUGUCGCUUCAACCCAUGUAAGACUUUGGCCUGCCUCACUACGUCCUUCCACUCAGACCUAACUAAGGCUUUUCUUUUCCACGCUUGAAUUCCAAGCUGCUGUAGAUCUUUUUCCACAUCAUCCAUCCAUCUAAGCCUAGGAAUGCCUUUGAGCCGUUUCCCUCUAGGGUUUUGGUGAUAUACCCUCUUCACUCCUCUGUCAUUUUGCAUUCUCUCUAAAUGUCCUGCCAAGCAUAGCCUACCCUUUUUUAUUUCUACUACUAGCUUUGGGAUCCUGAUAUAGACUGUACAAUUCCAGCAUAGCCGACCUUUUUUUAUUUCUGCCACUAGGGUGGGAUCCUGAUAUAGACUUUACAAUUCCUGGUUGGUUAGUAUUCUCCAUCCAUGUUCAUCCUUUGUUGGUCCAUAUAUUUUCUGGAGAACUUUUCUCUCCCACUUGUUUAAUUGGUGUUACGCACUGACUUAUAUUGGGAGAAAUUAAUCUCCUAUUUUAAUUUUAAUUGGCUCGUUGUAAACAGUGCCUAACAAAGGACGAUACCAUAUAAUCAACAAUAUUAAAGAUACGACCCAAAACAGUUUCUAGUCACAAUUAAUUACGAUUUAUUAUGUCUUAAGAUAAUUACAAAAUAAAAUAAAAUAAAAUUACAAUCUUCAACUUACAGUAUGGCAGAUGUCGUACCGGUACACAGUUAAUACAAUUAGAAAUAAUGAUGCCAAUAAAUAAUGCGAAAUAAACACAUAUAAGUAGGAGCACACAAAUACACAAAGAAUAAAACACGCCUCGUAAUGUUAAGAAAAUCUAUCGGAAAUCUCCGUCCCUCGUCCGUGCCUGUCAAUCCCUUAUAUAGGUGGGUCUACCGACGCCCAAGCCCUGCCUUCGAGACAUUUCUAGAAAAAUCAAAAUCAUUCUACAAAAUACUAUUUGGAACAGAUUAAUUAUUUUUAUUCGUUGGCGGCGUAAACAAGAAUACAUCAAAGACCUAAGCCACACCCCUUUGUGAACACAGCGUCUCAUGCGGGGUCAAUCAGAGGGCACGCACGAGAAAUAUUAUGUAAACAAGCUCUCUAUAACACCUCCCCUCUUAAAAGAAAAAAAUUUCAUUGUUCAAAAAUGGAAUUCUUUUUCCAUUAAAAUUGAAGAAAGUACAUUUCUUACUCUCAAAAUAUAAGACAAAAAGCUUCUUAACAGCUUAUAAACAAUAACAUAAGUGAAAAUUAAUUUCUGGACAAAGUAUCUGCAAUGACAUUAUCUUUGCCUUUAAUGUGUUUGAUGUCCAAAUUAUAUUCUUGUAAAAAUAGGCUCCAUCUUAACAAUCUUUGAUUUUUGGAGACCAUCUUAUUCAAAAAUGUUAAAGGAUUGUGAUCAGUAAAAACAAGUACUGAAUGUAAAGAACAACUGACAUAAAAAUCAAAUUGUUGGAGAGCAAGAAUUAAACCUAAACAUUCCUUUUCUACAGUGGAAUAGUUUUUCUGAUGUGAGUUGAAUUUCUUUGAGAAAUAAGAGACAGGAUGAUCUACAUUGUGGUCAUCUUCUUGAAAAAGAACUGCACCAAUGCCAACAUCACUGGCAUCUACAGCUAAUUUAAACUGUUUGUUAAAGUCUGGUGCAAUGAGAACAGGAGCAUUAGCAAGUAUAUUUUUAAUGUUUUCGAAUGCUUCCUGACAAGCAUCUGACCAAUGAAAUUUUGCAUUUUUCUUUAACAUAUUACUUAAAGGAGAAGCAAUAACUGAGAAAUUUUUGCAAAAUUUUCUAUAAUAACCUGCCAUUCCCAAAAAUCUCAUUAACUGUUUUCUAGUAGUGGGUGGUGGAAGUGAUACAAUAGCAUUUAUCUUAGCUUGAACAGGCUUUACAUGACCUUGACCCACUAUGUGACCUAAAUAUUCCACAGUUGCAUGACAAAAUUCACAUUUAUUUAAAUUUACAGUUACAUUUGCCUGCAAAAAUUUUUUAAACAGAGAUCUUAAUUGGUUUACAUGAGAUGAAAAAUCUUGACUGUAAAUAAUUACAUCAUCAAUAUAGGCGCUGCAAUUUUCCUGGUCAGCAAUAAUGUUAUUUACAAGACGUUGGAAUGUAGCUGGGGCAUUUUUCAUUCCAAACGGCAUUACUUUAUAUUGAUAUAAACCAUCUGGAGUACAAAAAGCAGAGAUUUCUUUUGCUCUGUCAGAUAGAGGAACCUGCCAAUAACCUGAUAGUAAGUCUAUCUUGGUUACAUAUUUGGCAUCACCUAUUCGAUCUAUAAGAUCGUCUAUCCUUGGAAUAGGAAAGGAAUCAGUCUUUGUGAAUGCAUUCACUUUCCUGAAGUCAGUACAAAACCUGUAACUUUUGUCAGGCUUUGGGACUAAAAUACAUGGUGAACUCCAGUUGCUAGAGCUUGGUUCAAUUAUACCAUUUUCAAGCAUGUAUUUUAUUUCAGACCGGAUUAUUUCAAGUUUUUCCGGAUUGACCCUAUAGGGAUGUUGCUUGACCGGAACUGCAUUGCCAAUGUCAACAUCAUGUACAGCAAUGUUGGUUUUAUUAGGUACAUCAGGGAAGAGUAAAACAAAAUCUGCAAUAACAGACUUAACAACAUCCUUCUCUGACAAUGACAAAUGUCCUAGUUUCUUAUCUAAGUUGGCCAAUACUUCUGAAUUUUUAAGUUUAUAAUUACCAACUUUUUCUGGGACACUUUCAAAGGUUUCAGUAACAUUUUCUUUAAGUACUGAAGUUACAGUUGAGAUUGUGUUAACAUUUGUUUCUGAGGAUGGACAAUGAUCAUCACAUUUUCUAUCAAAAUAUUCUUUUAACAUGUUAAUGUGACAUAACUGUUUCUUUCUUCUACGAUCUGGUGUUAACACAAUGUAAUUUAAAUCGUUGAUUUUGGACUCAACUACAUAAGGACCAAAAUAUCUAGCUUGUAGUGCUUGCCCUGGUAUCGGCAAAAGCACAAGCACUUUGUCCCCUGAAGCAAACUGUCUGAAUUUUGACUUUUUGUCAUACCAAACUUUCAUUUUAGAUUGUGAAUCUUUUAAAUGUGUUUUAGCCAAAUUAACGGCAUUAAAAAGUUUAGUUUUAAAUUUUUGGACAUAGUCAAGAAGUCCUUCCGUGGGUGUCGAUGACAUCCACGUGUCUUUUAAAAGUUUAAGGGGACCGCGAACCGUGUGGCCAAACACCAGUUCGAAGGGGCUGAAUCCAAGUGAUUCUUGAACUGCUUCUCUUGCGGCGAACAGUAGCAUGUUGAUGCCUUCAUCCCAGUCUUUCUCUUGUUCUAGGCAGUAGGUUCUCAUCAUGUUCUUCAACGUCUGAUGGAAUCGCUCAAGUGCUCCCUGUGACUCAGGAUGAUAUGCACUCGACAAGCAGUGUUCUAUGCCCAACUGGUUCAUCACUUGUUUGAAUAUUCCAGCCUUGAAGUUGGUUCCUUGGUCAGACUGUACAGACUUCGGAAGACCAAACAAUGUAAAAAACUUCGUCAAGGCUUUGACGAUGUUCGGAGUCUUGAUAUUGCGAAGAGGAAUAGCUUCUGGGAACCUUGUUGACGCACACAUGAUUGUCAGCAAGUAUUGGUGACCUGAUUUUGUCUUUGGCAGAGGUCCAACGCAGUCUAUAAUAACGCGACUGAAAGGUUCUUCGAAUGCUGGAAUGGGUUGAAGAGGAGCUGCUGGUAUCUUCUGAUUUGGUUUCCCUACAACCUGACAAGUAUGACAUGAUCUGCAGUAUUCAACCACAUCUUUCUUGAUUUUGGGCCAAAAGAAGUGCGACGUGAUUUUGUGAUAUGUCUUCUUUACUCCCAAAUGACCUGAAAGUGGUGAGUCAUGGGCUAAGUUCAGGACUUCGUUCCGGAAUGGGGUAGGAACUACUAUUUGAUGAACUAUCCUCCAUUCUUCGUCAGCAUUUGCGUCUGGAGGUCGCCAUUUUCUCAAAAGUAUGUCAUCUUGAAGGUAAUAACAUAUAGGGAAUUGUUCAGCUUCUUCUUGGGUCAAAGCGUUCUCUCGAAGUUUGACUAUUUCUGGAUCACUCUUCUGUUCUUCAAUAAGUUGCAUUCGAGUUGGAGUCUUGUAAUUACUAGCCUCUUCAUUAAGACUUGCAAAAAAUGUUUUUCCCAGGUCAAUUUCAGGAAGAAUUUUAUUGCUUUUUUGUGAAAUCUCUUUUGUGGAGAUCUUGGAACUCAUGGCCCUUGUCACAGCACAUGCUGGAUACAAUUCUUGAUCUUCUUCCUGAUUUUCAUUUAAACAAGGUUCAUGAGUAACGAUGGGCUCGGCUAUCACCUUCCCACCAGCUAAGUCAUUGCCUAGCAGCAACGAGAUGCCGUCCAAUGGUAAUGUUGGUCGGACACCCACAACCACAGGUCCGGAGACUAAGUCUGAUUUUAGGUUGAUGAGAUGUAAAGGUACAUCUAUGCAUCCCAGCUCUACACCUCGUAACAGGAUGUUGCUCCCAGUAGCAGUAGAUUCAGACAAGGGAAGUAUACCCUCAAGUAGCAAGGACUGUGAAGCACCUGUAUCUCGUAAGAUUUUGAUUGGUUGUAGACUGGAAAAAUCACCUGGCAGUGAUACGAAUCCUUCCGAUAUGAAAGGCAUGAAGUCUUGUAUGACAUCAGUAGUUUCUGAUGUAGAAUUUUGGACCUUGGUAGGUAAACUCUUGUUGGAGUCUUGAGAACAUUCGGCUAGGGUAGAGGAAGUAAAACUCUGGGUAGAGUCGUCAAAACUUGCACACAAGUCCUCAGUAAAACGCCCUCUGGAGGUAGACCUCUUCUUGGAGCAAAAGGAUCUUGGCGACAAGCUCAUAAAACUCGCAGUCGAAGCAGGAACUUGGCUGGAGUCAGUAAAACUAGCCUUAUUGUUCAUAAUGGAACUCUUUGAUGAGUCGUGACAAACCUCUUUGAAGUUUGUAUGGACAUCUGGAGAGCAAAAACUCUUGAAUUUUGAAAAUGUGUUUCCAGAUGUAUGACGAGACGUACAAGCGGAGACUUUGUGUUGUGUACCAGGAUGUGUGGUCUUCUCAGUUUUCUUCUUGAGUUUCCAGCAAUCAUCCCUCGUAUGUCCUUCUUUUUUACAGUAGGCACAUGUGUCUUUUGCACCAAUUUCUUUCGUACCGGGCUUGAAUGGUUUUUGUGGAGGUUUACUGUAAGUUGAUACAGCUGUCUUAUUGUGCCUGUCAUUUUUGGUGUCAGAUGGAUUCUUGGAAAGUUGAUGUGAGAUGGUGAAGUCGUCGGCUAACACUGCUGCCGUAUGUGCGUCACCUUCGCCACGGUCUGCAAUAUGUAUUCGCACCUCAGUACGAACACAGUUCUUGAACUCCUCCAUCAGAAUGAGGUUCUUGAAUUUCUUGAAGUCUGUCUCGGUGUUGGUUGCGUGCAGCCACUUGUCCAGGAGCCGUUCCUUUUCCCGGAGGAACUCAACAUGAGUCUGGCCAUCACGUUUCCACAGUUCCCUAAACUUUUUACGGUAUGCUUCGGGGACACAUUCAUAAGCCUUAAGUAUUAAUGAUUUUACUAGGUUAUAGUCCCCGCGCUGUUCCGCAUUCAGGGACACAAAGACUUCAGAUGCCCUUCCGGUCAAGGCUGGUUGAAGUAAGGUGGACCACAUAGUUUCAGGAAUUUUAAAAUUUUGGGCAGUUAUCUCAAACUGCGCAAAAUAUUGGUCAACCUCUUUUUCUGUAAAUUUAGGGAUUACUUUUGCAAAUUUAAUUGCAUCGCAACCCUGACCGGCUGGAGCCGUGAGUCUAUUUUCCAUUGCUCCUAAAUUGGCCGUUAUUUCCAUUUGUUUUAACUUUAUUGUUAGCUCUCUAUCUUUUUCUUCUUUCUCUCUCUGAGCUUUUAGCUCCAGCUGUUUAAGCUCUCGUUCUUUUUCUUCUUUCUCUCUCUGAGCUUCAAGCUCCAGCUGUUUCAGCUCACGUUCUUUAUUUAGCUCCAGCUGUUUAAGCUCACGUUCUUUUUCUCUCUGGGCAUCUAGUUCCAUUUGUUUGAGCUUUAGUUGGAGCUCCAUACUUGGAUCAGUCGGUUGUGUGACUGAGGCAAGUUCAUCUUCAGAUAACAUGUCUUCAUCCACAAAGUGAACGAUGAUCAUGUCUCGUAUGGUCUUUUUUACGGCCGAAUGAGCUACAUUUAUUUCUAGAGCUUUAGCAAUGGAAAAUAGCUCCUUCCUAGAACAUUUGUCUAAUGCCUCUACUGAUGGGUUUUCAAUAUCAAAAUCCAUUUUGACACAGGCAAAAUAUAACAAUGAUUUUUUUAUAAAAAUUUAAGCUUAGUGCACACACUAAUGAAAAAAUUGUAACCAGCUCUGUUGUUGGUGUCGUAAAAUGGUAUCGUGAACUCAAAUUAGUUUGAGUGUAUUAAGGUAAACAGUUUGUCAAAAUCCACAGAAAAAACGCUCAAUUUAUUAUUGGUGUAUUAAAAACUAUGGAUUAAAAUUAUCCUCGGAAAAUCCCACAAUUUGUUAAAAUUGGGGUCUAAUGAGAAUAAAAUAUGGAUUCGGUUAUCGCGGACGAUGCCCCCAAUUUGUUAGAAUUGGGGUCUUGAGAAAAAUAAUAAUAUAGAGUCCGCUAUAUCCGGGACGAGCAACCCAAUUUGUUACGCACUGACUUGUAUUGGGAGAAAUUAAUCUCCUAUUUUAAUUUUAAUUGGCUCGUUGUAAACAGUGCCUAACAAAGGACGAUACCAUAUAAUCAACAAUAUUAAAGAUACGACCCAAAACAGUUUCUAGUUACAAUUAAUUAAGAUUUAUUAUGUCUUAAGAUAAUUACAAAAUAAAAUAAAAUAAAAUUACAAUCUUCAACUUACAGUAUGGCAGAUGUCGUACCGGUACACAGUUAAUACAAUUAGAAAUAAUGAUGCCAAUAAAUAAUGCGAAAUAAACACAUAUAAGUAGGAGCACACAAAUACACAAAGAAUAAAACACGCCUCGUAAUGUUAAGAAAAUCUAUGUGAAAAAUCUCCGUCCCCUCGUGCCUGUCAAUCUCUUAUAUAUAUGUAGAGUAAGAUGCUUCGAGAAGGGCUUAUGACGUGUUGUUUACAUCUCUCGGGUUAAGGAGUAUAUUCCAGAAAUUACCCGAAAACAAUCUACCCAAUGCGUAAUUGGAAGCCGAUUGUAAACAAGCCACUUCAAAGACCUAAGCCGCACCCCUUUGUGAACACAGCGUCUCAUGCGGGGUCAAUCAGAGGGCACACACGAGAAACACCAUGCAAACAGGCUCUCUGUAACAUUGGUUUUCAGCCAUUUUUGUUAGGGUCCAAGUUUCCUUUACGUAUGUUACAACUGGUCUGAUUACAGUUUAUAAACCGUUUUCUUUGUUCGUCUUGUAAUGUUUUUACUUUUGAGUAUAUUCUCUGACUACUGAAGUAUGUCCUGUUACCGGCUGAUAUUCUUUCUCUUAUUUCUAUUAGUAAUUCAUUUCUUUCAUUUAAUAAAGAUCCUAGGUAUUUGAAUUGAUUUAUUUGUUCAAAAGUCUGGUAUCUAAUUUAAAUGGCUCUAUCUGACUGUUCUUCUCUUAUCGUAGUCAUUCUGUUCUUCUCUCAUCAUAGUCGUGUAUUUUUUUUUUUUGGUUGUUAACUUCCAGCCCUGCUUAAAGUGAUGUGUCUUCUAAUUCAAUAACGGCUUUUGAUAUGUCUUUAAUACUUUUUCCUAGCAGUGCUAUGUCAUCAGCAUAUGCAGGAUACUGAAGGGGUUGAUUGUAGAGAGGGCCCAUUGGUUGUAGUUCUUGGGUUUCCCUCUGAAAGUAUCCUGUUAUUGUUCCUCAGGUGUCAUUAUGUACACUUCUUAUAACUCUCUCUGUUAGGUUAAAUAGCAUACAAGACAGUGAGUCUCCUUGUCUUAGGCCUCGUCUAAUCUGAAAUUCCCUUUAAUAUUCUCCUUGUACCUUGAUUUUGCUUUUUGAGUUGUUUAAUGUUAUGUGUAUCAGUCUUGUCAGUUUAUUGGGUAUACCAACAUACACAUAAAAUUAAUAUUCCUGCUAAAAUUAUUUCAUUAAAUAAAUUAAUGUACUGGCUCAAAUUACACCAGGAAAGGGGGCGACCGCAGGUCAUUGAGAUUUCUUGGCGCAUAUCUAGAGGAAACAAUAAAGUUCUUCCCCUCCCCAUUUUAGCAGAUGUGAGUUUUCACAAAUUUUUUAAUACAAAAUGGUCGCCAUCUUAGUUGCCAUGACCUCAGAUGAUGUCUUGAGGUCAUGGCAAUCAAGAGCCGAGAUCGCACACUACACCAAGCUUUACCGAAAUCUUAUUAUUAACUAGUAACAUUAGUAAUAGUAAUACAUAGUGUUACAUGUUACAUAGGUUAAUAAGGGGAGAGACUGCAAUCAGGUUAGCACAAUAGAAAAUUAGUUAAACAAAGUAAAGUUAAACCUGAAAAAGGAACGUAACAAAACUAAUUUUAAUUUAUUAUGUUUUUUCUGUUUGUUUGCUGACUAAGGCUUCCUUUCGAAACGUUAGUUGUUUUGUUGUGUUCCUUUUUUCAGGUUUAACCUUACUUUGUUUUAUUAAUUUCCUACAUGUUACAAAAUUACAUAGUCGUAGUGAUUAGUUGUUAGAUUAUCUUAUUCGUAAUUUAGGUGACAAGCAGACUUAGCCGCUUGCCAUGAAGUAUGACGAAGCAUAGCUUGAUAAAUAUUAUCUCCAAAAUUAUAUGAACUUUUAACUUUAUUUUCUGAUGGGGGGUGGGUGCAACCUUUUGGUAACAUUUUGCAAAAGUUGGAUUUCUAAAUCAUUCAGCAUGUCAACGACCUUUAACAUGUUAACAAUUUUAGUUCAAAAAAUUAAUGCCUUUUCCUCUUUGCAAAUAGGACUAUAAAAUUACUAAUUUUUUAUUUUAUUAUUAUUUUCUUGAAUAAUCUACCCAAUUGAUUUCAUUGAAAGUACUAACAUAAGUAACAUACUAACAUCUUUAAUAUAAUCUUUUUAACCUGUAACUAUUUAUAAUGUACCAGGAAUAAGCCAUGCUAUGUCAAUGAAAUUAACUAUGUAAUAUUCUUUUAUAGGGAUGAAGCAACCAGCCAAAAGCGAGACAAAAAGAAACGCAAACACAAGCACAAACACAAAAACAAGCAUAAGCAUAGCAGCGGUGACCGCUCACGAAAACAUAAGAAGAAGCGACACAGUUCAUCUGACAGUGAAUCUGAACCAGUGGAGCACAUAAAGAAGCCGCGAUUAAAUCAUGAGGAUCCUGAACUUAAACGUUUAGAAGCAGCACGUCAAGCUCUUAAAGCAGAACUAAAUGGGCGAGGUGGUGAUGAUGCAUUCAGAGCCAUUACUCUAAUUGCUGAGGUAUAAACUAAAGUUCACCUAGUCAAAUGUGUUUUGUAAUAAGUUGAUAAUUUAAUAAUUAUACUGUAAAAGUUGAUUUAUGCUUGUAAAUUGUUACAUGUUUUUCAUUAAUCUUUGAUAAUUUUUGUGUGUGCAGGGCUAUGUUACUGAUUCUGAGGAAGAGGAAGGAGAAGUGGAGCAUGAAAAUUUGAAAGAAGAGCUCCGGAGAGCUAGGGAGGUUCUUGCAAGGAUGGAUUCUCAGGCUUCUAACUUUAAAAAAAAUGAUGAAUCCCAUUUAACAGACAGGAAUCAAAAUGACUUUACAGAUUUUGAAGACUUUAGAAUUUCAAAAUCCAGAGAUGACAUCGGGGGUAAUGAUUCAGAAAGUGGUAGGAGGCAUUUAGAAGGGAAAAUUUCACAAAUUAGUGAGCAAAGCAUGCAGCAAAGAAGUACACCAGAUAUUGAGUCCACAGAUUUGUUAGAUGAAGGCUUGGAGCUGUUGGACAGUGUUGGCAUUCCAUCUGCUCCAAAUUUCUCUACAAAUAGGUUAACACCAUCACUGGCAGCCAGACUUGGACCAGAGGUUAGUGCAGUUAGAGCGAAAGUACAGAGUCUUGUCCAGUCAACAAAGCAGAAAUCCCUUGAGAAAGAAUCUCGAUCCUCAAUACAACAAAGAAAGGAGCGAGAAGAAAAAGAAAAUAGAGUAGUGGAGAUUCUUGACAGUGACCAGGAGGAGGGUGAAGCGCGAGAUGAAGAUGAAGUCAUUCAAAUAGAUGAUGAUGAUGUCAUUGAGGUGAGAAAACAGUCCAAACAUAGGAAAUGGUCUAGUCAGCUAGACCCAGAUAUUGCCAUUGUAGAAGAGAGAUCUCAUGGUCCUUCUCCCAAAAAGAAAUCUGAUAGAAAGCUCAGGAAAAGUCCACAAAGGUAUGUAAAAAAAGGUUUGCAGUGAUUUGAAAAUGACAUUGUAGUGUGGGUUUAUAGUUUGACCUAUGGACAUUUUUGUUGUGUAAAAAUGUCAAUACUCUUAGCUGAGGUUUUAGUUGCAAUACUGACAAUAGUAAAACCAUGUUUGUAUAAACUAAAAUUUGUGGACAAUUAAAGAUUGAAGUACAUUUUUUUCACAGGCGGAGUGGUUUAAAUGACAGAUCAGAGUCAAAAUCUCUCCGUGAGUCUUCACGGUCAAGGAAAGAUGAUGUACGCAAAACAGAAGAUGGCAGAAGAAAGCGUGAAGAAAAUAGAAAAGAUGAAGGGUGGCGAGAGGAUCCAAGGAAGGAUGAAAGGAAACCUGUGGAUGAUCGCCGCAGGGAUGACACUCGUAGACCACCAGAAGCUAGAGAUAGAAGAGAUGUAGAGAGAUUAGAAGGCAGAUUAGAAAGAGCAGAAGGCAGAUCAGAAAGACCAGAAGGUAGAUUAGAAAGACCAGAAGGCAGAUUAGAUAGAUCAGAAGGCAGAUCAGAAAGACCAGAAGGAAGAUUAGAACGACCAGAGGGCAGAAGACCACCUGAAAGAUUAGAUCGUCCUGAUCGUAGAAGGGAUGAAGCACGUCCAGCUGAUAGAGGUGGAAGGAGGCGAACGCCAAGUCCAUUUAUUGGUAGACGGUAAAUAAUCGAUUAUUUUUUUCACACUUUGAUGACAACCAAUCUCAUAGAUGCUAAAUUUCUUUUUUUAAGUCCAAUGACUUAAUAAAUAGGAAAGGUACAAAAAAAAAAUAUUAAAAAACAUUUGAGAGGUACACUUCCUAACUAAAAGUAGAUUUAUCAAGUUCUACUUACAUUUCAGAUAUAAAUCGUCAACUUUAACUCUCAACUACUUUAGCAGUUCAAUACGUUAUUAUAAAAAUCAAAGUCAUAUUUUUUAAUUGAUAUUUUUGACACUGUAUAGACUUGUACCACCCAAAACUUUUCAAUGCCCACAGCAAGUAGGCGAAGUAGAUAAUGCUCUUGUGCUGAAAAUGUUCAAUAAAUGUUCAAUAGUGAGCAAUAUGUCUAUUAUUACUGUUUUUUUCCUUAAUUAUUAUUUGACUAUCUUAGAAAGUUUAAGAACUGAAUGUAUCAUUCACAUUUUCUUUCAGUUAUCGUGAGAUGCCAGAUAAAAAUAGAGAAAAUGAUCGCAGAGGGAGAUCAUCUGAAAGAGAUAAAGACAGAGGAGACUCGAAAGGCCCUGAAGAUAAAUUUAAAGAUAGCUUGUCAGAAGGUCUUGCUUUACAGAGAGAAGAUUCAGAUGAAGAUGAAGAGUAAGUCUUUAAGUACUUUAAGAAUUUCAAAAGAUCUCUCUCAUUAACCAAUUAGUUACCACAGGUUUAUCCCAUAGAUACACCUGAUUCUUCAGGCUUGUUUAUUCCAUAAGACUGUGUGUCAACUGCGAUUUUUAGGGUCUAAAUUUUGAGAUCAUCUGUAUGUUUUUUAAUUUCAAAAGAUAAUAAAUACAUAAAUCAUCCAGAAGAGGUUUCCAUCUCUUUAAGUGUAUUUAGCCAAGGAUAACUUAUUUUAAAAUUAUAGUAAAGUAUUUGCUUAUGCUUUGACUGCAUUUGUAUCUUUUGUUGUUUUAUUUGCUUAAAAUUACCACACUUGGAGUUAAUUUUUUACCAGUUACUUCUACAUGAAAUAAGUCUGGAAGGGUUGAAGGUUUUAGACAUCUUCCAUUACUUUGUUUACAAUUUAAGCUCCAUCCCGGCUUAUAACUUAACAUUACUAUUUCAUGAUAAAUAAAAGUCUUGACAUCAGCCUGGAGGAUGACGAGGAAGAUGCAGAUGCCAUUAUUGAGAGGAGAAGAAAGGAAAGACAAGCCUUAUUAGAGGUUUGAAAAAUAGUUUAGUUAGUAGCAGUAACUAUUUACCUGAUUUAUCAACAUAUUUUACACACCUCUACAAGUUUUUUUGAUUAAAUUUUGAAAAAACUAAAUUUCAAUUUGUAAAAUUUUCAGUUACAGUGUCUAUCAGGUUUUAACAGCUCUCCAUUGCUUUUUCUUUCUAGAAACUGAAGUUGUCCAAUCAAGCUGAAGACUCCAACUCAGUGAGUGUUCCUAGUGUAGGAAUGGAACCGGCCAACUCUGGGUCAGGUGAUCAAAGGUCAGCAGGAGAGGAGGAGGGUGCAAGGAAAAAGAGCCUUGAGGAUAAAGAAGAGAUGAGAGAACUUUAUGGGGACGAAUAUGAGGAUGAUGGUGUGCAAAGGUGACUGUCUAAAAGCUAAAGAAGUUAACUGCUGGCCGAUAAUUGUAUUUUGCAUUUUGAACAUCUAUUUGUGGAAAUUAUCGCUUGACCAAGAUCAGGAUUGUCAAAUCAGGUCCCUCCAAUAACAAAAUUGAGAUCAAUGUUCAGCAUUUUUAAAUGUACAUUUUUAAUGUGAACAGGAGUAGAUUUGAUAUAUUUCUGUAAUUUGCAACCAAGCUGCUGCAUCAAUAUGAAUGAGUUUUGAAUGUGCUUGGAUUUUUAUAGAGUAUUGUAUUCAUUCAAAAUAAAUAUUGUAGUUCUUUUUUUUUAAUUUCUUCCAAUUUUAUCUGCUCCUCUAGCAAUAAAGGCAGCUUACCAAACACAGCCAGUCCUGGUAGACAACGUAGAAGUGUCAGCCAGAUGAGUAGUGCUAGUAAAGAACAUCAAAACGAUGAACAGUCUUUGAGCAGAAGAGACAGAAAGAGAGACAGUAGAAGUAAAAGUGGAAGCAGGCACAGCCGGAGUAGAAGCAGAGGGCGUGAAGAAAAAAGAGGCAGAGAACGACAGCGUUCCAGUGGCAGCCGCAGCUCUUCAAGUUAUAGUAACAGGUAAAAAAACGUUUUAAAAGUUAAACAUAGCUUGCUGGUGUUUCUUAUUUCCUGUUUUGUGAUUUAAAAAAAAAAAAGAAAAAGUUAGAUCCUUACAACAAAGACAUAAAUUAUCUGCAAUACUUUUGUGAACCAGAUCUAGUAGCUCUGAUACUGAGAGUAGUAGAAGCAGUUCAGAUGAUGAAGAGGCUACAAAAUAUGACAAAAGAAAAGAUACAAAAGAAACAAAUGGAGAGAAGAAUGAGCAAGAGGGAACAGUUGAAGAAAGUGGUGAUCAGCAGAAAGAUGGAGGUAUGCAUUACUGAUAUUUCUGUCACUUGAUCCUGGUAAUAGGUCUCAAACCUAAGUUUUCAGUAAACUUUAAAAAAAUAAAACAACUUUUGUCAGGGUACAAGUUAAUGUAGCAUUUUUCUUGAGAUUUAUUGACACAACAUAUGGCAACAAAUUUCAUCCUUCCUCUUCAAAAACACAAAAAAUAUUUUUAUAACUUAAACUUGCUCACUACUCUCUAAAUGUCAUGGAAAUCAAUUACUGCUAUACUGGGUACGUCACUGAACAACAAUGAACCACAAAUUCUACCACAGUGUUUCCAGAUUAUCACACACACACAUUAUUGGAGAUUACUGACAUAGAUCAUUUAUAUGAUCAAUAGAUAUGUCUUAUAUUUUAGCACUUCUUUUUUAACUAUGAUAGUGGAGUAAAGAUUUUAAAAAAUAUUUUUUAAAAAACACCAAGGGUUUAUUAUUUGUGUGUGUAUGUGGUGCUAAUUGAUUUUAUUUCUUUCCCAUAUUUCAUUUGAAAUCGGUUUUAUUGAUGAUUUCAUAUUUAAAUUUUUGUCUAGAUGGAAAGAAAAUAAGAAAAGAAGGUGAUGGUGUUGACAUGUUUGCUGACACAGAGGACAUGUUUAGUGAAAAUUACAAUGUAAGUUCAAUUCAUUAAAAAUUUUAUUUACAAGACUUAUGUGUUAUACUAUGAAUCAUUAUUUAAUUAUAUCUUCAUGUUCUGAAGCUGAUCAUUAUUCUGAUAGAAAUUAUAUUGAUUGCCAUACUUAUUAAACUACUUAAUACAUUUUUCAAAUAAGCUUUUUUUUCUCCAAGUUUUGACAAAGUUAUGAACUCUUGGUUACACUUGAAAGCUAUCAUCGACUUCUGUCUUUGAGUACUUUGUUUAGGUAUAUUUGAUUGUAAAUUUCAAGUUGUACAACAAUGCUUUUACAGAGUCCUGGGUUGAGGAGGGGGCUGAUGGGUGUGGCUGAAAAUCCAAAUCUGACUGACAACUGGGAUGAUGCCGAGGGAUACUACCGUAAGUUUCAUUGCUUGUCAUCAUAUAUGUUUUAAGCUGAGAUAAUUUGGAUAGAUGGUUUGAGUUACAGUCUAAUGCAAUAGUGUAAAAAAACAAGUAAAUUAUUUUUCAAACAUGUCUUAAUAAUAUUAUACCAUUUAUGGUUAGACUACUCAUAAAUGCUACCAUUUGAAAUAGUCCUUUCUUGGCUGGGCUUGCAGCUUCUGCUUGGUUAAAUUAUAUUUAAAAUCUCCUCUCAUAAUAUUUCUUUAACUAAAAUUCAUACACAAUAAUUUGAGGCAUGAAUUAAUAGAUGGCUUGUAAUUGUAUUCUUAACUCAUUUGAAUUUUUCACCACCAUCUUCAGGUGUACGUAUUGGUGAAACUCUAGACAAACGCUAUUCAGUGUAUGCUUAUAAAGGUCAGGGCAUGUUCAGUAAUGUAGUCAUGUGUCGAGAUGCUGCUAGGGGAAAUACUGAUGUUGCCAUCAAAGUUAUCAGAAACAAUGAAAUGAUGUGAGGACCCUCAUUCUUUUUUCUCUUCAGAUAAUUAAUUAUUUAAUUUUGGUUAUGAACAUGUUAAUUGGCUAUGAAAACCAAUCAGUUUUUUUAAGCUGGAAAGGUUCCUAUAAAUUUAAUUAACAGAUAAAAAUGUUAUGAAAAGUAUUGGAUUGAAUUAUCUUUAACAGCAUGCUGUGGAUUAUUUUCAAAAUAUCCCUUUCAUCAGGUUGAAAACAGGCAUGAAAGAGUUGGAAUUUCUCAGGAAACUUAAUGAUGCUGACCCUGAUGAUAAAUUUCAUUGCCUGCGGCUGUUUCGACAUUUCUACCAUAAGCAGCAUUUGUGCCUUGUGUUUGAACCUCUCAGGUGGGUUAACAGUUUGUUACUGACCAGCUGGGUCUGUUGACUUUUUCAGUUAAAGAGUACUCGUAAUUUGAUUGUUGUCCACCAUGUGCAGUUGAUUACCUAUUUUUUUUUACAUAAACCUGUUUUAAUUAUGUUGUGAUAGUGAAUGUUGUAAGAUCCAGAGAGGUUCCCUUUCUCUUAAUUCUAAUCAAUAUGAGUGCUUACAUAAUUUAUUUUAAAUAAUAUAGUAUGUUGUCCUUAUGCAAAAAAAACACGAUCCACUUCAAAUUAAUUGUAUUAUUUGUCUAUGCAUAUUUCUAUAAAUUGAUUUGAUAGGGUUUCAAGUAAAAAAACAAAACAACCUACAAUCUAAGAUUUACUUGAAAGUGCUUAGUAAGUAUGGCAAGAAAAAAUCAAUGGCUUUGUUUUAAGUUCUCACGUGCUGUGAAGUCUUUUUUGGAUGAUCAUUUUGCUACACUUCUUAUAUUUUAAAGAUUAACAUUGUAUUUGUAUUUCAAAGUAUGAAUUUACGUGAGGUGCUGAAGAAGUAUGGGAAAGACAUUGGUCUCCACAUCAAGGCCGUCAGAUCUUACAGCCAGCAACUGUUGCUUGCUCUGAAACUGCUCAGAAAAUGCAGCAUUCUCCAUGCAGAUAUAAAGCCUGAUAACAUCCUGGUGGGUAAUAGGAUUAUAUUUCUCUUGCAAACUCCAGUUACUAGUUACUAAAACUUUUAUAUUUAAAAUUUUUCUUCAUAUUAAUUUCUCCCUUCCUUCCAAUAAUGGACUUUCUUCUUUCCAAACUUUGUCUAUUUAAAAGGUAAAUGAGUCCAAAAUGGUGCUGAAGUUGUGUGAUUUUGGCUCAGCCUCUCAUGUUUCUGAGAAUGACAUCACACCAUAUUUAGUCAGCCGUUUCUACAGAGCUCCAGAGAUAAGUAUGUUGCCUUUACUUUUCUCAACCAUUUUGUGAUAAAAGUAAGAUGUAGAAAAUAUGGAACAUCUAAAGCCGGGAUUGCCUUAUCAUUAAUUUGUUCUUUCUGCAGAGCAAAAAUCACUGAUUUAGAGUGAAUACAUCUCUAUAAACCACCAAAUAACAUUUUAAAAAAAACUUUAAUAGGGGCUGCCAUGACCGGUAACCAUUCACGAAUCAUGUGGUGAAUCAUGACGUCAAUAUUUACAACACGUUUAUAUACAUUAGAAUGUCGAUGAUCAGGACAGGGGCACAGUUAGUCUGGAUUAUCUAGCUCUUAUUAUACAUAUACAUUAUAUACAUGGCAUCUUUAUCUCGUAUUUGCCCUGUAAUAUAACUAUGAGAUUCAAAAUCAUUUUUUGUUAUAGUUCAUGUAGUUUAAUAAAUAGAACUGUAAUUGUAUUGGCGCUGAUAUUAUUUUGGCCUGUUUUAUUUUAAGUUGAUUGAUUGAUCGAUCUGGUGAUGUUUAACAUGAGUAAUUUUAUACAAGUUAUUUCCUGUAGGAUACCCUAUCACCACAUUAUGGUUUUUGAUGGCUUCAAUCUCUUUCCUUUAUAGUUUUAGGUCUUGGCUAUGAUCACAACAUUGAUACAUGGUCCGUGGGCUGUACAUUAUUUGAGCUGUACACUGGCAAGAUCCUCUUUCCGGGCACCAGCAAUAACGACAUGUUGAAAACAGUUAUGGACUACAAGGGAAGGAUACCCAACAAAAUGAUUCGUAAAGGGAUGUUCAAAGAUCAACAUUUUGAUUCUUCGUACAACUUCCGUCAUCAUGAGAUGGACAAAAUUACCCAGCGGGUAGGAACUUUUCUUUAGAUUUCUUUAAAAUGAUUACAGCGUUGUUGGUUUAAAUUCAGAGUAUUAUUUUUGCCUUAACAGGGCUGAUUGAUCUGUUAAAUUCUAAAUCCCUAUAGUAUAGCAAUCAAGAGGACAAAUGCUCCAAACCAUUAAGUUUUAAAAAUAAUAAAAUACCUGUAUAAUAAACCAACCCCUAAAAAAAAAAGUUAAUGUGCAUUCUUUUGCAACUUAGUGAUGGCUACAGUUCUUAAGUUCAUUGUGUCAUAUUUCUUUCAUCCUCCCCUUGAAAAUUUGGAAAAACAGAUCAUGCACAAAUGAUCUGCUUCCUGGUUAAGUGAAGGAAGCAAUGAAAUUAUCUAGCAAUUUUUAGAAGAUUUGACAGAACUUGUUCAGAAGUUGCAUAAUCUGUCAGGUCUUUCUUUGACCCACAAACUGUGGUUGGCCGAAAAAAUUGGCCGAUAUUUUCAUUCUGUACUGUGGCAGCAGAAAAAUCGGUAGAUAAAAAACUCGGUCCGAUAGCAACUGAAAAUCCAAAAUUUAACAGGAAUUAUAGCCACUUCCUUUUAUUAAUAAUUAAAUCAUCUUCGGGUCAAGCUGUUUGUUGAUAACUUAACAAUAAGUACUUUUUAAUCUGAAUUUUAUAUCACUGUUUUUCUUAAAGCUAUGGCUGAGCCGUCAGUACGAGAAUUAAUAGAAAUAUUUUUUAAAGAUUUUUAGGAGAGGAUUUAAGUGAUACUGAUGAUGAUUUUAACAUUCCCAUGACAAUCUCAGUUCAGAUUCUUCUUCUAGUGAAUCCGAUACUAGUCUUGGUGAUCCUGAAGUAGGCCUACUGUUAGACUUUGAGCCAGGCCCCCAGGUUGGGCAAGGACUGACUGAACUUAAGUCACAGAAGCUACAGAUUAUAGAUCAGAGCUAAUAAAUUUUAGUUUCAAAUCAGUUUCACAGUUUUAAAUGCUUACUAGUCAAUAAUAAAUUUUUUGUCUGAGAUUUUGUAUGUUGUACUUGGUUUAGCUGUGUUUCUUAUUUUCUUAGUUUCUUAUUUUUUUCAGUAAUAAAUGACCUAAAUUUACUAAAAUUGCUUUCAGGGGCAUAAUUUUAAUAAAAACCUUAGCAAACUAAACAUUUUCUGAAAGAUAAAUGAAUUGGAUACCACAUUUAGAUUAGUACUUUAAUAUGGAAUCUAUAAAAAAUUAAUGAUGUUAUGAGCACUUGAAAGCAAGACAUUUUGUCGAUUUUUUUUUUUUUCUGGAGCACUCCAAGGUCAAGCACAAUGAAAUUUUUUUUUUUUACAUGUGGGCAAAAUAAAGCAACUUUAUCCCCAUACAUUUACCUUUCUAAAAAUAUAUACUUAUUGGGGUCUUGUAUCAAUAUUUCUGUCAUUUAAUGCUAUUUCUAAAGGCAGCUCCCACACUACAGAAUGGUCUAUGCCAGAGUUCGUGGGUUAAUAAUAGACAAAAAGACCAAAAUUAAAUUGAAUUAAAUUCAAAGAAAAUAAAUUUUGUUAUGUGUAAGGAGUUCUCAGUGUUAAUGUUAAGUUUAGAUUAAAUUGUUCUUUCCUCACUUUCAUUGAUUUUUUUUAUUUUUAAUAUUCACAACAAAUUUUCUCCUUUGAGUUAAUGUAUGGGCUACAGCCAAUGUUUAUCACUCCCUUGCUUGUUAGGAAAAAGUCACUGUGAUGUCCUCAAUCAAUGCCACCAAGGACAUGCUGGCAGAAAUGGUCCCUUACAACCGACUUCCUGAGGACCAGCUUAGGAAGGUUACUCAACUCAAGGACCUGCUGGACAAACUCUUGGCUCUUGACCCAUCCAAAAGAAUUCCCAUCAACCAGGCAUUAGCUCAUCCAUUUAUUACUGAGAAAAUUUGAAAGACUGAGAAAAAAAAAGACUUUUACAGCUUAACUCAAUGAAGCAAGGCAUAUUUACUUGAAAGGUUUAUUCUCAAUAAAAAAAGUUUCAGUGUUCAUGAACAAAAAUAUUAAAAUAUACAGUUUUGUACUAUGUGAAAACUGGAUAAGUUGUUGAUUUUAAUAUAUUACAAGAGAAGAGUUGAUUAUGCCUAAUUUUCUUAGUGGAAAUAUGUAUUAUUGAGAGUUAAUUGAUCUAUAGACUCCAAACCUUACAGAUUUCUAUGUUAUGAUUAUUAAUCGCAUUUUUAAUACACUCAUAACCAAAGAAUGGCUGACAUGUUGGAUAAAUCUCAAUGGCUUUAAAAAAAAAAUCACUAUCACAAAUCUGUAGCCUGACUUACAAAUAUAAAGCCAGCGUGAUGUUUUGAAUUUAAGAUUUUAGCCAUUUUGAGUUAUCUUUUUCAGGGUUAUGGUUUUUGUUAGAUUUCUCCCAUAUACUUUUAUUCUCUAGUGUCCUAGUACCAUUAAUUGUUCCAUUAAAAAAGAAUAUAGUUGAAUAUUUUACCUUAUGAAUUUUCUGUGAUGAUUGCAGUUAUGAAAAGGAAGAGAUGUGGGGGAAAAAAGAGUUGAAUUUUGGGAAAUACGUGUACCUGUCUUUUUGUAUUAAAUUUUCAAAAUUAAUUCUAUUGCGUUUGUUUCCUCUUCAUUUUUUCCUCAUGCCAAUGGAGCCUUAUGUCUGACCCGACCUAUGACCCCCAGCUACUGGAAAGGUCACAAUGAAAUUUGAUUUUCAAGGUCAUGUCUCUGCACCUUCUUCAUCACCAGCUUAUAAUAAAGGUUUUUCUUGCGUAAUUUCAUUUCAUUUUGUUUUUGGUUGCCAUAAUUAUCAACAGCCCAUGCAACUAAUUAGAUUUUAGCAGUGCAGAAUGAUGAGAGCUGCAAUAGCUUAAUAAUUAGUGCGAUUCUUUGUAUACCUAAAGAUAAGCGUAACGAAUUGUAUCUCUGCUAUAGUUACAUUUCAACUCAUUUUUUAAUCCACAGUUUUAAACACAUGGCAGAGGAAACACAUAGUUUCAUAGAUGAUGUGACAUUUUAUUCCUAGUUAUGUUUGAAAUCUUUCAUAAAACACAUCUCCAAACAGAAAGACCUAAAUUUGUUGACUGAGUUAUUAGUUUUAAAUACUUUUUAAUAAAAAAAAUGUUGUCAGUUUAACGGGAUCUUACAGUCAGACAGUCUUUACAAAAUGCAACUUAGUGGUCAACAUGAUUGCUCCCCAUUUUCAAUAACUAUAGAAGACAUUGCAUCAACUAUCUCAUUCCAACCCCCCUUGCCCCACUGAAUGUAGCUGUAUUUUUUUUUUUACUAAACUUGUCUCAUCUUUUUUCUAGGUUGACGUAGAGUUGUUCUGACUACAGGAGACACAUUUAAAGGUUAUAACAUAAAGUGUACACUCAGUACCUUGACACAUGAAAACAUCCUAAAUUAAACACCUGCUGAUUUAAAUUAAACUUGUCAAAACCAAUAAUUAUAAAAUGUAUACAUUGAAACAUACCUGAACUCCAUUCACAGAUUUAUGAUCAUUUGUAAAUAUAUAGUGAUACAUGAUGUAUAUGAGACUUUUAUCAAGAUAAAUAUGUUAAUUUUUUUUAAAUUCUAGUUUGCUAAAAUGUUUGAGACAAUGCUAGCCAGUCUUUUAUAAUCAGUACAUCCUCAAAUAUAUCUUCUCUUUCAGCAUUCGUAGGACACAUCGUUAAAACAUUUUUGGUUAAUUUAAAAAAAAAAAUGUUUUGAAACUAAUGCAGAAAACCCGAUUCAACUGCAAUUUUGUGAACUUUUUCAAAAACCAAAAAUGUUCAGUGUCCUUACAUAAAUGUCAAUUUUUAUCUCACAGUUAUUUUUCUUUUGUUUCAGGUAAGUUCUUGUGACUUCGUUUGGCCCUACUGGCUGCCCGUGAUGAUUGCCAUUUACAACUAUGUACGGUCGAAGAAAUAGAAUGUUUUAAUAUAUUUAGCUUUGUGGAUAACAAGACUGUGAAGAGAAAUCACCUCUCCAAUUCACACUAGAUGAUCACUGCUGGGUUUUAAAAUUGUGUGGUGCUGAUGAGGGUUGGGUGAUGUUGAGUUUGAUUUGUUUUCAGUUCACUGUGGACUUAGAUGUUUAGUUCAUGUUGAUUUUAAAACCUUUUGAAAUUGUACAUCAAAAAUAGUUUUGAUGGUCUAUUAGAGUUGCUGUCAAAUUAAAAAUGUAAUUUAUAAGAAAUUCAUUAUAUUUGUCUUGAGUAAGUCAGUGUCAAGAAUUUUGUGGAAAAAAAGUGCAUCUCAGCCACAACUUGAUAAUGCAAUGUUUGAGUUCUUAUUAUACAAUCUCUUCAUUAAUAGUGAAUUAACGGCUGUGUGUUUGAUCAAGUAAACUGCAGCAGCCUUUAAAGUCAGUUUUUAAUCACAGGUGCUAAAGCUUCUUUAAGGGUUCCCAGAUAAUGCAAAUGCAAUGGAACAAUUGUUUGUUUAGCUUUAUAUAUAUAUAAAUAAAGUCCCAUUUUUUAUGCUAGUACUCUGAACUUAUUGACCCCUCCUAGUACAAAAACUGCAUUGCUAUAGCCAAGAUAGAAAUUCAACCAAGUGUUAAAAAUAUAGCGUUAUAUUAUAAUAGUUGAUGGCAAUAGCAAGGUUUGCUGCUGACCAAGUGAUAGUGGAUUCAAAUUUGUCAUGGUUCUUCCCCAUUUUAUAAUAAAAAGCCAAGAGAGGUAGCUAUUCUUGGGGAGGAGACAAACACAGUUAAAAAAUCUAAGCCACAUAAGUCUGACUAUUGUCUUGCUAAAUCUGAA